CAGAUUGGGCUUUGAAGAUUAGGAGGAGAAAAAGAGGAGCUCUUAUAUAUCUGUUUCAAAUAAAUUUGGUAUAUUUUAAGAAUCUGGAUUGUUAUAAUCUGGGCAUUUGGGUUGGUGCUGACAAAAGGGUGCCAGCAAUGCCUGGAUCGCCUGUGGAAGUGAAGAUACAGUCAAGAUCCUCACCUCCCACCAUGCCACCCCUCCCACCAAUAAAUCCCGGAGGACCUAGGCCAGUGUCAUUCACUCCUACAGCAUUGAGCAACGGCAUCAACCAUUCUCCUCCCACCCUGAAUGGUGCCCCAUCACCACCACAGAGAUUCAGCAAUGGUCCUGCCUCUUCCACAUCAUCUGCACUAACAAAUCAACAGUUGCCAGCCACUUGUGGUGCCCGGCAGCUCAGCAAGUUGAAACGUUUCCUCACCACUCUGCAACAGUUUGGCAAUGACAUCUCACCUGAGAUUGGGGAGAAGGUGCGGACUCUUGUUCUAGCACUGGUGAACUCAACAGUAACAAUUGAAGAAUUCCAUUGCAAGCUCCAAGAGGCUACGAACUUUCCUCUCCGUCCUUUUGUUAUUCCAUUCCUCAAGGCAAACCUGCCUCUGCUGCAGCGAGAACUGCUGCACUGUGCUCGGGCCGCCAAGCAGACACCAUCCCAGUACCUGGCUCAGCAUGAACACCUUCUGCUCAACACAAGUAUUGCAUCCCCUGCUGACUCUUCUGAGCUGCUCAUGGAGGUGCAUGGAAAUGGAAAGAGGCCCAGUCCAGAGAGGCGGGAAGAGAGCAGUUUUGAAAGAGAUACAAUUCCUCCUGAGCCUCCUGCCAAGAGAGUGUGUACCAUUAGCCCUGCUCCCCGGCACAGUCCUGCCCUGACUGUGCCCCUCAUGAAUCCUGGGGGCCAGUUCCAUCCUACUCCUCCACCUCUUCAGCACUAUACCUUAGAAGAUAUUGCAACUUCCCACCUAUAUCGUGAACCCAACAAGAUGCUAGAACAUCGAGAAGUUCGUGAUAGACACCACAAUCUUAGUCUAAAUGGAGGCUAUCAAGAUGAGUUGGUAGACCACCGUUUGACAGAAAGGGAAUGGGCUGAUGAAUGGAAACAUCUUGAUCAUGCCCUGAACUGCAUUAUGGAAAUGGUAGAGAAAACAAGGCGCUCCAUGGCAGUCCUGAGGCGCUGUCAGGAAUCAGAUCGUGAAGAACUCAACUACUGGAAAAGACGAUACAAUGAAAACACAGAGAUGAGGAAAACAGGGAGUGAGUUGGUUUCCAGGCAGCACAGUCCCGGGAGCGCAGAUUCUCUCAGCAAUGGGAAGUACCUUAAAAAUACCUACAUGUUCAUAGUGGGGAAGGACAUAGAGAUAAGUAAAAAGAAAGAGUCUCUAAACUGUGACUGGAUUCGGUUCAGUGCCAAGGUGCUGGCCCUAAGGGAAUGUGACAUAGGACUGAUAGAUUUUGGUGGAGGAAGAGAUGGAGGCAAGUUGCCAGGGAAACAACAGAGGAACUCUGGCCAGGGCCACACCCUGGUGUGUUCCGAAGUCUCCACGGUUCACUUCACCCCAGUAACUGCCGCCCAGAACGGGUGA